AUGAGCUCGAGCUCACCGAGCGACCGAGCCCCCCAUGGGCUGCCAAAUCGGUCGCCAGUAUCUCAGUUUCAGUAUGGACCUAACUCGGUCCCCGUGCCUGCUCCAGUAUCCUCUGCGCCACAAUCGUCUUCGUCAGCUAGGGCGCGAGGGCGCCAGAUCACCCGGAACCGCGCGAGCUACAGCUGCCAUACCUGCCGGAGACGGAAAGUGAAAUGCGACAAGGUGCAUCCGAUCUGCGGGAACUGCAUCAAGAACGGGACCGAGUGCAUUUACGAUGCGUCAUCAAAAAACGCCUCGUCGCACGACGACGAAAUCAAGCUUGAACACGGCGUGAAGCGGAGGAGAGAAACCUCGCGACCGGUCGAGGAUGAUAUAGAUGACUUGGAAUCGAUAUGCGGCCAUUUGAGGCAAGCCGAAUCAUCCACAGAGCAGAAGUACGGGUCGCAGGCGAUCGAGGCGCGACUGGACAAGCUCACGUCGAUGAUUGAGCGGCUUAGCAAGACCAACCAACCGCUGAGCCCGGCAGAGAGGCAAUUAUUGACCCAGAAUGUCGAUACCAGGUCGUCUAGAGGGGAUAUUCGGUCGGUCGACGCUCCCGCGCGGAAGCUCUCGGAUGCCUCAGGCGUGAGUAGUCCGCGUCGCGUCGCUGAUUCGGGAGGGGAUGAAUUCCCAAUUCCUGCUGGUUCGGCUACGGAUUUGGUGGAUCCGGUGGGCAGUCUUAACUUGGGGCAUUUGAGCCUCGAAGAUGGAGGGAAAUCGAGAUAUGUCGGAACGACAUAUUGGGCGUAUAUAUCGCACGAGAUCAACGAACUUAAUCAGCUACUCAGGGACCAGAACCAAUCCCACGGUGAGCAGAACGGCAAUGGAAAUACGUUAGACGACUCUAUGUCGGACACCCCCGCACGGCCUGCUCGAACCCCAUGGAGAGGGUCGGUUGACAGCCCCGACGGUUUAUUUGACGACAGAACCUCAAGCGGCGAUGCAUUCCAGAAGUCGGUGGUUUUCCCGUCCAGCGAGUCUCCGCUGGCGAAGAAUCAACUCGUUGAGCCAGAAAUGCUGGAAAAUGUGCCGUCGAAGCGUCAAAGUCACAUUUUAUACAGGGGCUUUAUGUCUGGCGUACAUGCCAUCAGCCCAUUAGUGCACCCACCAACCAUUCAAAAACUGUACAAUGCUUUUUGGGAUUGGUAUGACUAUAGCAGUUACUCCGGAGAGCCUUAUCUGGACUCUUCCUUCAUCCCGCUACUUUACGCUAUAUGGUAUGCCGGUUCCGUCACAAUCUCGAUAAGGACGAUCAAAUCCGAAUUCACGGUGGCAUCGCGGUUCACAUUGUCCAAAACCUACAACGAAGAGGUAAAUCGGUGGUUGACCAGAAUUUCUUUCCCGCGAAGUCCAUCGCUGCAAGGGCUGGCGGCCUACCUUCUGGUCCAAACGAUCCUGUCCAAGGAGGAGGAACCUCUGGCGAGCAGCUUGUUUGUAAGCCUUGCGAUGAGAGUUGCCCAGACCAUGGGUCUGCAUCGGGAUCCUGCGAAAUUCGGGAUCCAGCCGUACGAGGCGGAGUAUCGUCGUCGGAUAUGGUGGCAUAUUGUACACAUGGAUGUCGUGGUGUCGAUGUCAAGCGGACUGCCGCCGUUGGUUAGUGACGAGAAUUUUUGGGAUGUCCGUGAGGCCAGUGAAGUGAAAGACACAUUGCUUGGAACCCCCGAGGCAGAAGAGUACGAGAAGCUGGUUGCUGCAGGUAUGCGGCCGCGCGAUACUCCCGAUGAUGCGGCGGUUUGUGGAGGCUCGUCGAUCGUGAACGUAUACUAUCUGUCAGCACGGGGUAAAUACGUCAUGGCGAGCGCUAUUCGCCGGAUCAUGAGGAUUCAACUAGGCACCAAACCAGUCACCCGGCAGGAUAUGGAGGAGCUUAGGUGCAUCCUGCUCGAUCUACAAGUCCAGUUGAACUCGAUUAUCGAUCGGAUUCCAGAACCAAAAGCUCAUGAUCUCCCGGCUCACUCCAAUCGAUCGUGGUCUGUGUCCUCUCGCUCGCCAGCUGAAGUUCGAACCAGCGAUACCGAGCUUCCAGGAGAUGGGCCGACUGGCUGUUCAGAGCAGUAUCACACCCCUGUCCUCGUAGCAUUUCACAAAUGGGCGAAGAUACUUCUCUCUCUUUUUAUAGACAAGGCUUUCUGUGUCGCAUAUCAACCUUUCCUCAAAAAUGCCAAGAGUCGCAUCUGGCCCGCUGCCCGACAAAGUGCUCUCCGUCAUUGCCACGGCUUCAUGGAAAAGUUCAUCACCUUCGCCACCGACCCAGACUUCCAGCCCUUCCAAUGGAGCUGGCCAGGCAACCACCAGCCAAUGCACGCCGCCAUGAUCAUGCUCAUCGACCUCUACGAACGGCCCCGCAGCCCCGAAGCGCCCAAAUCCCGCGCCUUCAUCGACAAGAUCUUCUCUCUAACCGGCCCCGACGGCGGCGUUGUCGGCGGCGAAGACGGCAUCUCCACCCAACGCCCCUUAAAGGACGGCGGCCGCGAAGCAUGGGGCAUGAUCCGCAGACUGCGUCAGAAAGCGUGGCAGAAAGCCGGCCUCGAUCCGCACAUGCUGUGGACCGAGCAAGCUCAGGUCCAAGCCGGCGCUAUCCCCGUGCCGGACGACCACUACGGUAGUCCGGCGUCUACGACAGCCUCCCCUUCUUCUUCGCCUUCUUCGCCUGCAGGGGGGGCUCCGCCGCUUGCGUUCCGCCGUCCGCCGGUGGACUUCUCGAAGACGUUCUAUAAUAUGACAAGAGCGCAUUCCUUAUCUGAGCAUAAUGAUGCGACUGUUCACCCUAGUCCCCUCCGGAACCACGAAGAAGCUGCCUCCGCCCCGGCUACCAUCCCGGCAACCCCACAGAUGACACCUGCUCCGCAGCCCGCGCACUCGGCUCUACGACAGUCCACAUCAGCAACAGCAACACCGCCAUUAGCAGCAACAGGAGCUCCAGCCCCAACAGCACCCCGAACCUCAACAAUUCCAAACCUAUCAACACCCCCAGACCAACCCUCCCUCAACCCAAUCCCACCAUACACCCAACCCACAACAAUGCCCCUACAACCAUUCAUGGAAACGAACCCCCCUAUCAUCCCUGCCACUGCAGCACCAGCAGGAGCAGGAGCAGCGCCACCCUACCCAGCAAUGGCAGCGGCGCCAACGCCCCCGUCGAUGGUCGAUCCGAAUAAUUUGAACUUCGACUGGGAUCAAUGGGACGCUGUCUUUGGGCAGCAUUUGCCGGUUGCGGAUGAAUUGAUGGAGUUGGAUCCUGUUACUGGGCUUGAGUUUGGGGAUUUGGGGUGGACGGGUGGGGGUGGGGGUGGGCAGUAG